AGAUUGCGGUUUGGAUUGAUGAGAUACUAUCAGAAUCUGAUGAUCGAAUGUUAAUGAUGGACUACGAUGAGGACGAAGAAGUGGAAAGGAGCAUGAUGAUAGGAUCUGUGGGCUCCCCGUCGACCUCUGCAGCCGCGUCGGGUUCAGUUGUGGGAGCGGGAUCGUCUACCACGAUUGCUGAGCCGACCGGCUCUGCGGGGGCGUCGAGUCCACCACCUGCCGCGGCCCCAGGAGCCGCGAGUCCACCCCCGCCUGCCGAGGCCGCAGGGGCCGCAAGCCCACCCUCUGCACCCGCCGGGACUACAACCCCACCACCUACCGUGGACGCAGGGACCGGAAGUCCUCCUCCAGCACCUGCCCCAGGGGCUGCAAGUCCACCACCACCGCCAGCCGGCAGUGCGGAGCAAAAAUAAGACAUUCUGUUCCCGGGCAGAUGGUCUUCGGGCGGCGGCGGCGGCGACGAUUUUGCUGAUGAUUUUCUCAACAUGAUGGGCGAAACCAGUCUUCUAAGAGGACCCACACCUGCUUAUCUGAAGUUUGAAGGCGAAAUGCUGGAGGCGUUUAAUAUUUUAACGGACUCUAUGGAAAAGAAAGGAGAUAAUAAGCUUCUUUCUUAUGGGAAAUUCAACCAAACUUAUGGGGAAGGAGCUGACGAGUUGAAACAGACUCCCGAUUUUACUGCCACAGAAUUUAACACCACAUUAGCCGGGCAACUGAAUAAGGAUCUAGCGGCUUGCGCAGCGCCUACCACGCCGCCUAACAUCGCCCCCUUCAUGACAGAAAUGGUUGAUAUUUGCUCUAAUUUCUUGGCACAACACGCAGAAUUUAACAAGGACAAAGGGCCUGCCUUCAAAAUUUUAAUACAAGAAAUGAAAAAGAAGCCCAAAGAUGAGCUUUACAAGAAAGAAAAAAUUAACCGCACCUAUGGACAAGGGGCUGGAAUACUUGAGAAGUCUAGAGGAAUGGAAACGGACCAUGACGAUCCCAAUCUAUCUCAGGAGGUUCAUGCGAAGUUGACUGAUUUGGUGAAGGCGGCUACUCCUGAUGAGCUGAAAACGGAUAUGGCUGAAACAUUGGAUAUUUCUUCCAAAUAUCUUUCACAGAACGCUGUGGAUGAGGUGGAACGAGGACCUGCAUUUGACAUAUUGAUUAAGAAGCUGGAAGCUGAAGGGUCCCAGGAGUUCACACCACAAUACGAUGUCUUGAAAACCAAUUUCAUCGCUGCAUAUGUACUAAAAUCAGCGCCAGGGCUAUGCAGCAUCACCCCGGAUCCCGAAACCGCUCCAGUGUUCGUGAAGGCUUUGCACGCUGUAGCUGACAGCGCUUGCCCUCCUAAUUUGAAGCAGGAUAUGGAUGAGGUCAUCGGCCGAUGUGCAAACUAUUUGUCAGCCUUCAUUCGUGACAGAGAAAAGGCUUUACAGAUUGUUAUAAAUGCAAUGAAGAAGACUCCAACUAAAGACUUAGCUAAAAGGGGGACUUACACUAUGAACUACGGAUAUGGAGCCAUGGAAACCGAGACUGCGCCCACAAUUGUUCCAUAUCUUCCUAUAAAGGAUAUAGCGGAUGAGAUGAAAGUAAAGCUACACAAAGAAACGGAAACAGAAACACCUGCAAACUUAAAGGUUGCGGUGAAAAGUGCGGUAGCAGACGUAUCUAAGCAUCUAUCACAGGGUACAGCCAUACGAAGCCAGGCAGCCGGUCCCAGAUACGGGCUCAACCUGCUGUCGGCAGUCAUGAAAUCAGCCGGGGACAAGAAACUAUAUAAACAGAAAAAUUACACGGAAACCUACGCCGAUGGUGGAACAGAACUGCAAUACGCCGGUAAAUUAGAAGCAGAUCCAAAAGCUCAGGAUUUACAAAUCGAAAUCGACUCUGAGCUACACAAAGGAGUGCCCGUCAAAAUUGCCCCUACUAUUGCGGAUAGCAUGGGAACUACAAUGGAAGAUGCCUCAAAACAUCUGGCUAAGUCGGGAAUGGAAAAAGCUGAGGCUGUGGAGCACCUGAUAAAAGUGAUGAAAGAAGAAGGCGAUGCCACCUUGGGUACCCUCCAAGGCUACGAACAAAGUUAUAAAGAUGGUGCUCGAAGGAUUCAAAACGCAGACUCUUUAGCCAACGACAAAGUAGAUAAAGCGGCGUAUGAAACUGUACACGGAAAACUUAAAAACCUAGUUGAGAAAAAGCCUGCCGAGGUGGCUGCGAAAGCUAUGCCGAAGGUGGUCGACGAGGCUUCCCAAUUUCUAGCAGCACCACUCCCCGAAACUGAGGCCGACAAGCGAAAAGUUCUGGGAGACUUGAUGGCGAGGAAGGAAUCAGACAUACUAACGCAGGAGGGAGAUUAUAAACUGACGUUCACGCAGGGCGGAAAAGAAAUUCAAAAGGCUCCUGUUGGGGUAACUACGGCACAAGACCCAGGAAAGAAAAAGCAAAUUGAAGAUCAAAUCAGUACCGCCAUACCCAACAAGGAAUUGAAAGAUCUUCUUCACAACCCGGCUGAGGAGGGAGCAGCUUACUUGGCCGACGAAGUUAAAGGGAUAGGGGAGGCUAUGAAACACAUCCAAACUGGACUUAAUAGUGAAGGAAGCAAGAAUUUCUUGAACGUUGGAAAAUUUGACAAAUCUUAUGCUGGUGCUGGAGAUAUGUUGGGUAAGGCGCCAUCCUUUGGUGGAGAGAACCCCAACGGGAUGAUUCGCGACGUGGUACACGAUAAAAUAGACCACCUUGACAAGCAGACUGCGUCGGAUUUAGCCAAGAAACAUAUGAACAAGGCGGUUGACAAAGCAUCUGAUUACAUUUCUGACGUCGCUACCAAGGAAUGUGGUUUGAAUGCAUCGGAAAUCGCCGCGUGGAAAGCGUCAGGCGCGGGCGCUGGCGCUGGCGCCGCCACGGACGGUGCAGACAGAAGGGAUAGUGCUGACGACGAGGCAAGGCGCCGUGCCGCUGAAGCCGCGAGAAGGGCCAAGAAAAAGAGUGCCGGUGAUACCGAUGCCGACGAAAGGGAGCGACAGGCUGCCAUGGACAUCCUGCACAAGCAACUACAGAACAAGGGUGGCGAGACGUUCUACAAACAUUCUCACUCUGAACUCUCGCACAAGUCUGCUUCGGAUUGGUUGAAGAGUCCAUCUAGCGUGCACCAAUCGGUGAAGGAAUCUGGAGAUACGUCGCGCUUGGCUAACAAGUUCGAGCGAAAGCUAGACUCGCUCGUUAGCACCAGCACUCCGGACCAACUGAAGGAUACCAUGCAAGAUGUUGUCAUUGAAGCUUCUCAUGGUCUUGCCGAAUUUUUUGUUGCUGAGAGUUACAAGGCCCUUGUGAAGGAUGGACUUAUAUAUGAAAUGCAAAAACAUGGGAACAAUGCAUUGAUUGACAAGAGAAACAUAACUGAGACCAAUUUCUUUGCUGCACAGAGGUUGAAGAAAAUGGAAGGUUCUAUACCCACAGCGCCAGACGUGGAGCCAUCCCGAACCGUGGCUCACCUCUGCAGGAGACUGGAGGAAACCAUCAAAUGUCGCGCUAUGCCUCGCAAAUUAAUAGGCACUAUGAAACAACAUAUCCGAAAUACUGCUCACUAUUUGUCCGAUAUUGUGGCUACACCAGACCCGAGCAUUGAGGCCUACGUGGCACUUCUCAAAGAGAUGGACACGCAGGGCAGCGCUCUGCUCGUGGAGGGAUCUAUCCCCAAAACUUACAAAGAUUCCGCAGCAUACCUUCGAUUAUUGACAUCGUGUCAAGAUCAGAUCAAUCUCCCUAACUCGGGUUUGGAGGGCACUAUCUCAAGCAACCUCACCAGAAUCAUGAAUAACGUGCCUGAAAGAGGGUACACCAAAACUGACUUAGACGCUGUAAUUCGUGCACAAUCGAAGUUACUGGCGUCAUACAUUAUGCUGCAAGAAAAAAGAACGGCUCUGUUGAAGCAAGUGGUAGACCGGCUUGCCUCGGCGCCCGAGGGUCUGCUGCUGCGUCACGGCACCAUCCGCCAGUCCAACGGCGACGGAGCUCGCAUAUUAAAUGGAAAGAAUACCGAUCAACUAACUGUGACCGGUGCUGACCCCGUAGUGGAACGUAAAGUUCAAAUCAAGAUUGUUACGUUGAUGGAAGGAUUGGUGCCAGAUAACCAACAAAAAGAACUCAUGGAUGGUGUAAUUGCUGACGCUACUCGAUACCUUGCUGUUCAUCUCUUGCAACCACAUGUGAUCCAAGUGUGUAAGUGCAUGAAGAGCGUAUUCGUGCAGUGCGAGCUGUGGUGUGACGAAAUCUUCAGACGCAUGUCGCGUCCCUGCUGCACAUGCUCACGGCAGCUGGUGAUGGAUGCACUGUCAGAGCUAGCACCCGGCGAGCGACUCCAAUCGACUUCGGGAGAUCACGCUUUCGCGCCCGGCGUCGACAUCAGCGUCAGGCCGUGCUCACGUACCUGCACCCGCAGUUCAAUCUGCCCCGCACCCGCCCCCACCGAGGGCUGCCAGACCUCCUACAUGCUCUACUCCACCGAGUACAACCGCCAGCACCAGUUCCUCGACUCUCCUACCAAGCUGUCACGCUCGCCUGAAAUCAAAUCCGUCCAGCCUUCUAGCACCGCCAUCAGCUGCUUGUCACUUGAUGUGUCAAAUCAAUACUCUUCGUCUCCGUCUUCCGGAGAACGGAUAUUUGAAAUAAAACCAUCGAGCUCAUGCUUAAUACGCCAACCGACCCCGAACAAGAGCGAACUCGGAAUGUCUAAUUCCUUAUCUUAUCAUACACCCACAAAUCCUUCUAUCGACAAAUCUGGCGGUUAUAGCCCACCUGUUUCGUUACGUUUGCAGACAACUCUGUCAGUUGCAACACCAAUAUCGGAGGCAUUUAGACCGUCUGGCAGCAGAAGUCCGGAUUCUAAUGUUUCAGGCAUACCUGUGAUCUCAACGGAUCAAAUGGGCGACUGGCACGCUAUGAUGGUGAGCCUGACGUGGAACGUUCAAGCCUGGCGCAAGUGGAUUCAGGAGACCGUGGACCGCGCGCUGUCGUAUCAGGACAGCUGUUUGGCAGACACAGCAGAGUCGUGGAAUGCGUUUCGAAGAAAAAUAGCUACGGAGGCCCUGCAAUGGCGCCAGUACAAUAUUUUUAGUAGGCAGUUGAUUCUACGGCUGGCUCUUCGAUACCAGGAUAAAAAGAUUGUCUCUCCGACCAGAGGGACUGUAAAGAAUAAAAUUUACAUGGACUGUCAAAACGAAAUGUUGCAAGUUAUCGAUAUGUUCAGCAAAUGGACGCACUUUAUAUCUGUUAUAGUAAAGGAGACUGAUUCAUUACGGCCAUCGUCUUCUACUACAGACUCAGAGCGACAGGAUUUGCGAUGGAAUUACUUUAAAAGUAAAGUGGAGGAAUGUGCAGAAGAUUGGAAAAAUUACAAUACGCAAAUCAUUCAAUUAAAUUGGGAAAAUCAAUUCAUGGGACUCAUUCCAGAAUGGAUAUCCCUGUGGAAAUCGGGCGGGCCGGUGUGGGUGGUGAGCGCGUGCGGCGCCGUGCCGAGCGGCGCGGUGGCGGCGGGCGCGGCGGGCGAGGCCACGUGGGUGGCGCGCACCACGCACCGCGGCCGCGUGCUGCCCGCCGCGCUGCGCCCCUCCAAGCACUGCUGCGUGCUGUACGCGCAGGGCGCCGUGCACCACUACACCAAGUACCAGGUACUAUGCAACGCGGACGUGGAAUGGAUCCCGUGGCGCGCGGGCGCCACGGUCCCGACACGCGCGGUGGUAGUGGCACCGCGGGUGCUAGUGGGCCGCGUGCGCUACCGCGGGACCUUCCUCCUGGGCGCGGUCCCGGCGCCCGCCUACCGCUGCCACAUCGUCAUACUAGGCCGGCCCUUCGCCGUCAACACCUACGAACUGCUAGUCUUGACCGACCCCGAUACGUAAUGCAUCAAACUGGGGUCUCAGAAAUUUUAAGUGAGAUUUGAAAUUUUAAAGUUAGUCGCAGGCGACGUGCGAAAUUGGGAUUGGCGUUUAAAAGAUCGGAAAUUGGAAAAUCGGAGUACUUGGAACAUUUAGAUCGAACGAUUAGAAAAGAUGCGAUUUAUUUAUUCAUACAGAAUAAUUGCUAUUAGAAGUGACCAAUAUGAAAAAAGUGAAAUUUAUUGUGAACGUUUUGUGAUUGUUUUUGGUUUACUACGAGAUUUUUUCAGUGUGUAUUUUAUAAAUAAUUUUGCUCACAGCGAAAUUAGUUGUGAAUGUCCAGUGAGCGUUUUGUGAUUUGAUUUUUAUAAUUAUUUUCGAAAUAUAUACAAUUUUAUACGAAUAAUUAGUAUAUUCGUUCCAUUCUGCCACAUCCUCGGCCGUCCCUUCGCCGUCA